AUGUCGUCGAGUGUAGCCAAAGAUUUAGAGAAAAAGAUUGUUGCAUGGCUUGAUGCACAUGGAAACAAGAUUGAACUUAAUAUCAAAGAAGGUGAACUAAAACAAUGUACACCGACAAUGUUCACUUGUUCCACUCCUCAAACAUUUAUAAGCAUUAGCUUCAAACAUCCAAUUCUCAAAGAUAAGGUCAAUCUUGAAGAAUUACAACGAAAUUUCAGUUUCAUAGCGCUCAAUCAACUUUCAUUACCAGAUCUAGAUGUUCCAUCGAACUGGGAAGUUCAGCCACAAACAAGUAUGUCAUCGUUCGAUGAAGGUGUCACUAUUGAAGCAUAUGAAAAUGGUCGACUACGCGUCACUAUCGUUACACAAUUCUUUGCUAUCGAUGGUCAACAAGAACAGAGAAAUCCGAUUAUGGACAAACAAGCGGAUGAAGGCACCUAUUUUCAAGUGCGACGUGAUAUCAAGGGUACCAUUAAACUCGAUAUGCCACUUGUCUUCGAAUAA